UCUCCAUUUCUCAGCAUUUUUUACAGUAAACCGAAUUCACAGCGAGAAGCUAAUUUUCUCAUUUCAAAAUGGACGCAAGCACAAAGGUGAAGAAAGGAGCAGGAGGAAGGAAAGGAGGAGGACCAAGGAAGAAGUCCGUCACAAGAUCCGUCAGAGCCGGACUUCAGUUCCCCGUCGGAAGAAUCGGCCGGUUCUUGAAGAAAGGUAGAUACGCUCAGCGUGUUGGUACUGGCGCUCCUGUUUACCUAGCUGCCGUUCUUGAAUAUCUUGCCGCUGAGGUUCUUGAGUUGGCUGGAAAUGCAGCACGUGAUAACAAGAAGAAGAGUAUUAGUCCAAGGCAUUUGUUGUUGGCUAUUAGGAAUGAUGAAGAGCUUGGAAAGUUGCUUGCUGGUGUUACUAUUGCUCAUGGUGGUGUUCUUCCUAACAUUAACCCUGUGCUUUUGCCUAAGAGGACUGAAAAGACUGCUGCUAGUACUCCCAAGUCUCCAUCUAAGGCCAAGAAAUCCCCAAAGAAAGCCUAGAUGUUAGGUGUUAGGUUUUAUUUAAUCCUUUUUGUUAUGUGUGGAUAACGUAGAUUAGGCACCUCUCAAGUGGCAGAGAAUUAUUCAAUGUAUACUAAGCAAAGUAAUGCUAUUGUCUUUGUAACUUUAUGUGUUUCAUUUGUUAAUGAAAUCAUUUUGUUUUUAGUCA